CGGCGCGGAAACAUCCAAUGCAGUGAUAGUGGCUUAUAAUGACUUGCACUAAAUACGCCAAUUUUACGUGAAGCUUAAGGUGGGCCGUUAGCCGUUACUGCGAAAGGCUGUUUGUAUCCCAUUCUGCAUGGGCAUGGAUCGGCGACUAGAACCCCGCAAAAAUGAAAAAAUCAAAUCAAGUAUCACAGAUAUGCCAUGAGGGUAUGGUAUGGGAUGGAUGUGAGCGACAAGGUAGUUACAUACGGUGUCAUUGUGAUCUGUGAUCUUGGGGCGGGCAGGGGGAGGCAGGCAGAUUAACAAAGCCCAGCCCAGCCCUGUCCUGUCCUUGUCCCUGCCCACCCCCCCCCCACACUAUUCCACCACAUACUAAACUGACGACGUUGGUUGGUUGCAGCGUGGAUGCCCCGGGUAACGGCCAGCUGGCUGGGACUCUGGGAGCUGAAGAAAGUAUUCUGUACGGGGGAAAUGUGGAGUUUUCUGCAGAUGGUCUCUUCUUGGCUUGGAUUUUAUAUUUUCUUCAGCAUGGGUUUCAUGCAUGCUGACGAGUUCAAUUUUCCUUGGCGAGGGCGCAGCGGCGGUGGUUCAUAUUACAUAAUCAUGAAAAUUAUCACGUGAUGCACCAAACCUACCUAUAUUUCUGCGGCAUCCAAGUUGCCACAACAUGCAAACAUUCAUUCAACAUCCCAGCUAACUGACCUGAUUAACGCCUGAUAACCAUCAGAAUUUCCCACACAAAGAAAUCAUGUCGUGGCGUAACCAAGGCAUCACAGGAUCUAACAACAUCCCUCUCGGCAGCCGCCGCAAGUUUGGAGGUGAUGAAGACACCAAAAGCGAGGACUCUACUGCAGUUUCGACGCCAGAUGCUGGCUUUAAGCGCGGUCGGAGUCCUGUGCGAGCUGACCCGCCCGUUGACGGCGUGAAGAAGCGCAAGAAGCGCAACCGAUGGGGCGAUGCAGAGGAAAACAAAGCUGCCGGCCUCAUGGGCCUGCCCACCCUGAUCAUGGCAAAUAUGACAAAUGAGCAGCUGGAGGCGUACACGCUGCACCUCCGCAUCGAGGAGAUCAGCCAGAAACUUAGGAUCAACGAUGUUGUGCCGGCGGAUGGAGACAGGUCCCCAUCUCCCGCUCCGCAAUACGAUAACUUCGGUAGGCGUGUGAAUACCAGGGAAUACCGGUACCGGAAGCGCCUGGAAGACGAACGCCAUAAACUCAUUGAGAAGGCCAUGAAAGUCAUCCCUAACUAUCAUCCGCCGUCUGACUACAGGCGUCCGACUAAAACACAGGAGAAAGUCUAUGUGCCCGUGAAUGACUAUCCAGAGAUUAACUUCAUUGGCUUACUUAUCGGACCUCGUGGAAACACCCUAAAGAAAAUGGAAACAGAAUCUGGUGCCAAAAUUGCCAUUCGGGGCAAGGGCUCCGUCAAAGAGGGCAAAGGUCGAUCUGACGCGGCUCACACUAGUAACCAGGAAGAAGAUCUGCACUGUCUAAUCAUGGCAGAUACCGAAGAAAAGGUUAACAAAGCGAAGAAGUUGAUUCAUAAUGUUAUCGAGACUGCUGCAUCAAUUCCCGAAGGCCAAAAUGAGCUCAAACGAAACCAGCUACGAGAGCUGGCGGCCCUUAACGGAACGCUCAGAGAUGACGAGAACCAAGCUUGCCAGAACUGCGGUCAAAUUGGUCAUCGCAAAUAUGACUGUCCCGAGCAACGUAACUUCACCGCUAGCAUUAUUUGCCGUGUUUGCGGAAAUGCUGGACACAUGGCCAAAGAUUGUCCGGACCGCCAGAGAGGGACUGAUUGGCGUAAUCAUGGCCCUCCUGUGCAAUCUGGCCGUCGUGGUGGCGGUGAUGCCGUGGACCGUGAGAUGGAGCAACUCAUGCAAGAACUCGGCGGCGCACCGCCAAGCGAUGACAAACCCCAGCGUCGCAUCGAAGCUGGCCCUGGCGGCUAUGAGCAAAAUGACAAUUACGCCGGUGGCGAACGUCCGCUGAAGCCAUGGGAGCGCGGCCCAACCGGUGGACCUGCCCCAUGGCAACGGCCAAGAGAAGAAAGGCCGCCUCGUGACGAUUAUCCCCCCCGCGAACACGGGGCGCCGCCCCCCUGGGCCGCUCGGCACGAUCGUGGUGAUCGCGGCGGCGGAGACCGUGGCGACAGAGAAGGUCGCGGCGGCGAUGGUUAUGGAUAUGGAUCUCACAGCGGUGGCGGGUAUGCCGGGGGACAUGGCGGGGGACCCGGCGCACCGGGCGGACCACCUCCCUGGCAACAACAGCAGCAGCAGCCACGGCACCACGCACCAGCCCCAAUUCCGCCUCCAGUUCCGGCAGCGGUCCCGGCAGCUCCAGUGGGACAUGCAGGAUACGGAUACCCCGGUUACUCAGCUUUCCCGACUCCACAGCAUAUGGGAGCUCCUCCUGGCCUCAACGCGGUGCCGCCGCCACCACCAGGGAUGGGAGCCAUGUUCCCUGGCGGGUAUGGUGCGGGUAGUCCGCCCCCACCUCCCCCGCCGGCCGACGGGCCACCACCACCACCUCCUAGCGACCAACCCCCUCCACCACCACCUGCGUAAAUUUAUUCCGUGGAUCGAUCAGAUGAGACAGGAUAAAAAUUUGUAUCGAUGUGUUAAAUUAAACUGUUUACUAACAUUCCAAGGAAAAGGGUUUUUAUUUUUAUUUUUAUUUUUUUUUUUAUAUCUUAACGCGAGUCCCCCAAUUGAGGGUUUCUCGGGUGUUCUACUUUUUUAGUUUUACUAAAACAAAAUUGUAUCUUAGUUAAUCACCAAGUCUCAGAAACACAGGCAGGUAUUCUAAAUAUAUAUAUACAAUACUGACAGGAAAAUAUAAUAAAAAGAAGAAGAAAAGGGAACAACAAGGAAGGAAAAGAACGAAAAGUUGGGCGUGUCAACUGUGAAGCUUUUUCCCCUUUCUGUCGUUCGACUGCGUUUACUAAUUUCUGUCGACUGAAAAGCUGACCGUUUAGCUAACCUGUUUGCUGAUGCGUGGCAUCAGCCAUUAUUAUUGUAGUAUCUGUUAAGGAUAUUAACCAGCUAGCUAACUAACUGAGCAUUACUCCCCUCCCUCAAAGAAUGGCCGAAGAGUUUACAUUCUAUAUAUAUAUAUACUCCGUACAUACAAUUUGAAAUACAGACGAUGGUUUCAAACCAGCUCUCGUAUCAUCAUCAGCCUUUUCUCAAGUAUGUAUGUAUUAUGUACAUGUACAUGUACAUGUAUUGGAUGGACGAUCAUCUAUCUCUACAUAUUCAGCUGCACUGCUAUGUAAGUUGCCGGAAUCUUUGCAAUGGCUCGAUGGAUAUCAAGGCGCUGGCCAAGCGCCAAGCUGGUGGUGGGAUGAUGGAUGGAUCGAUGGGUCUGGCUAGAACUGAGAGUCGAAUAACAGAAGAUGAAUGCGUCUCUUGCAGUAAGAUGCUCAGACGUGGUCUGGAUGUGUGUGCUGCUGGUUUGUAACCGGGCCAUAUACGGAGCGUAGAUAGUUACUUUAAUUGCUCAGAGGAAUUUGUAAGAAGUUUCCUGGGAUCUGCUGCUCCGCUAACUAUAAUAACUAGUUAACGUUACCAAUAAUAAACUUCUAAGUUCUGCCUGUGCAAAAAAAAUUAAAAAAUAAAAAAAAAUAUGUGC